AUGUCUGCUUCUACAGAAACUCGUAGCCUAUGGCUAGAGAUCCUUCAAUCAACUGGCCGCAUAAAAGGAGUUAAUUCUGGCCAUUUUCGUGUCCUUUCAAUCCUCUUCGUCUUGCCUAUCUUUUUCACUCUCGUCGUAUAUCCUUAUUUCCACCUUGCCGUCUUUCAUCCUGACUACGAUUUCACCACUUUCACUCAACCUCAACUUUCCCACUUUUUCGUUUCCAAUUUCGAAAUAUUCUUACUCCUAAUGUUUACUUUCUUUGUGUUCCUGUUUUUCCUUUGUGACGUAGCUACAAUUACAUAUAGCACGGUUCAUGCAUCCUAUGGUAGACAUAUCAACCUUGUUUCGUCUAUUAAAUCUAUCAGAAAUUCCUUCUUCCCUCUUCUCUCUACCUUUAUCGUAUCGCAAACCAUUUUCAUUUCGAUCACUCUCCUUUUCGCGCUAGUUUUGGUGCUGUUAUCCCAAACUCUUCAAACUCUUGGACUAGUUGAACUCAAAUAUGACCUGAAUCACUUCUUAUUUUUGGUAUUCGCGUUAAUUGUGCUCGUACCAGUUCUGAUAUGGCUACAGGUAAACUGGUCAUUAGCUUAUGUGGUAGCAGUGGUUGAAUCCAAAUGGGGUUUCGAAACACUGAGAAGAAGUGCACAUUUAGUAAAGGGGAUGAGAUCGGUAGCUUUAUCGGUGAUGUUGUUUUACCUUGUGAUGGUGGAAACGGUGGGUGGUAGUUCCAUGUAUUUAGUCACCAUGGGUACAGCAAAGGGUGAGCAAAUGUUGCAGAUGUUGGAGAGUUCAGUGAUGGGAUAUGUGAUGAUGAAUCAGUAUCUCAUGGGGAACGCGGUGUUGUAUAUGUAUUGCAAGGACUUGAAUGAUGAAACAUUGCCCUUUGAGAUUGGAGACGAAUUUGGCAACGAAUACGUAUCUCUUAAUAUGGUAUGA